AUGUGCAACGUGGUCUCGACGGAAAGCCUAGAAGUCAACUGUACUAAAAAGAAGAUCUUCCAAGCACCGGACUCGACUAACGACCCAAAGAUUCAGUGGAGUGGAACAGCCAUCGAGGAGGUCGAAAACUUCAAGUUCCUCAGCGUUGUACUGGUGAGAGAUGGAAGCUGUGACACGAGGUAGGG